AUGACCUGGGACCCGGCGCUGCCGGCCGCUCGUCUGACCCUCCCGGCGCUCCACCGGCCGCUGCCGACUGCCGCUGACGCCGGCCCGGCGCCGCGCCUGCUGGUACCCGCCGGCCGGCCCCAGCUCAGCGCCGAGUCGCUGCUCUACUGGCGAGAGCCCGACGGCGAGAGCCUGGUGGGCGGCGCGCUGUGCCUCACACCGUUCUACCAGCGCGCCGAGACCGGCCUCACCAACGGACAGAGAGAGUCGGGCGACGCCGGCGGUCUGCACUCUGCCGAGCGCGGCCUGCUCUCCGCCGUCUCCGUGUUCUUCUCGUCCUCCCACGAGGGCCGGCUGUACCUGGUGGCGCCGCUGCGACCGGCCGACGACCCGCCCGCCUACGCCGCCCUCGUGGGCAGCCACUCGUAUACGUCUCCGCUACUGCUGGCCGCCCGGGAGGCGCAUAUGCUGCACGCCGUUACACACACAGGCCUUGAGAGCUACACCGUGCGCGACACGCGGCGCCUGAGUCGUCUGGAGCGGCCGACGGAGCCGUGCCCCGACCCGGCCGAGGCAGGGUUCCUGCUCGGGAUCCGGCCGUUCGUCAAUGUCACUCACAUGUGUGUCGGAGAUGGCGUGCUGGUUCUGGCCGCUUCUGGGCCAGAGGAUAGCGACUCAGCCACUCUCUACCUACUGCGGCUGCCGCCGCCGGAGGAGCUGUACGCCGAGUGUGCGCGGCUGGGCGGCACACACGGCCACCACGCCCCGGCCAUGUGUCAGGCGCUGCUGGAGGAGGCGCACAUGGUCCUGCGACCGGCCGUCAGAUGGCAGCUCGGUCGGCCACCUUCCGACCGGCUCAUUACUGAGUACAACAGCUCAGCGGCCAACGUCGGAUACUACCUGCUGAGGUCGUCCAGUGAGCAGGACUGGCCGCGCGCGGCGCCCUGGCUCCAGCUGGCCGCCGCCUCUGUCGAGGACGUCCUGACCCAGUGUGCCGAGGCGCCCGGUCUGGAGAGCUACCUGAGCAGCGCACUGUCGGCCGCCGACGGGCCGCCGCUCUCCUACCAGACUGCCAACCAGGCGCUGUCGGUGCUGAGUUUCCGCGCGCCGGACGCGCUGGCCGGUGUGCUGCUGGCCGCCGGGCCGCUGGUGGAGUUCCGCGCCGAGCCCCCGCUCGAGGCGCUCGAACAGCUCCUGGAGGAGACGGAGCUGAGCGAGCCGGCCGCGCAGGCGGCCCGGCUAGCGGCGCUGCUGCUUCUGGCGCGCACCGGGGGCGGCACAGCCGAGCGGCGCGCGCCGCUGCUGGAGCCGCUCUCUGAGGAGGCGCUGCCGGCCGGCUGUCCGCACCUGCUGCUGCUGGCCGACGGCCGGCCCGACCUGCUGGCGGCUGGACUGGCGACGCUGGCGGCCGCCGGCCGGCCGCCGCUGGCCGAGCUGACCGGCCUGCUGCUGGAGGCGGCCGACACCAGCGACCGGCGCGCCGCGCUCCGCUACGAGCUCCUUCUGCGGGAUGUACUGGAGCGGCACCUGCAGGCGGGCGGGAGGCCGCAGCGCGCCGGCCAGGCGGUCACCCUACUCGUCAGGAUGUACCUGGGCGGCACGGUGGGCGCGUUCCCGCCGGCGGGCGCGGCGCCGGCCACCGGUCCGGCCCUGGAGCGGCACCGGCUGGGCGCGCUGUACGGGCCGCGCGCCGGCUGGCUGAAUCUGGUGCCGCCGUUCGCGGGCCGCGCGCCGGCCCAGAUCCUGGCAGAUAUGGAGGCUGACCCGCGACUGGUCGACCUCGUCAUGCUGCAGUCGCUGUUGUGCUCGGACCUGCCGUCUGCCGAGGACCGGCGACACAUCCGAGAGUUCCUCUCGGCCCACCCGUCGGCGGUGGGCCACGACGCGCUGCUGGCUCUCUGCUCCGAGCUGGCUGACGCCGCCGCGCUGCUGGCUGAAAAGUACCCCGAGGCGGCGCUCGAACACGCCAAGGAGCGGUGUAAGAGCCCGUCCGACUGGCGGACGGCCGUGCAGGCUCUGUCGGCCGCCCAUCAGUCGGCCGAGCCGGACGGCGGCCAGCAGGGCGCGCUGGCCGCCCUGCUGGACCACCUGGCCAGCACGGUGCCACCCGACCAGCUGCGGCUGGUGCUGGCCGAGCGCGCCGACCAGCACGGCGCCGCCCUGCUGCGCUGCCACAACGUGCAGCGCGCCGACGUGGUGCGCGCAGAGAUUAUGCGUAUGGCCUGAGGGGCCGGCGGGCGCUCUUGGCCCUGGAAUGUCCCUCUCAAGUCACCGGUCAGUCAGCGGGGACCUUUGGCGAGUAGGGUAUGGAACGGCGGUGUGCGGCGUCCCAUGAGUGCCCCCGGACCUAUUGUCGGUGCUGAUCCGAGGCUGUGUCAGUUGAGAGAUAGCCUAUCCCACCUUACGUUGGUUGUUGCAUCUGGUCAGCGUGAAGCAAGUCGAAUGCGGGAUGAGUUCCUUUGAAUGCCAUAUUCGACACAUGUAUAAUCGGGGUGCUGCAAUGAGCUUACUAUUCACCGCGAGUGAAUUAUGUGCAUGUCAUGCAAUGGUCGCUUAACCCUCGCAUGUGUGCGGCGUUUGCCAGCUUCUAAUGCGUAGGGGGGGGGGGGGGUCGGUUGGACCCCCCCCUUGCCGUUUGGCCCCUGAUCGAGCUAGAGCUUCGCGGAAAAAAAC